UGCAUGAAUUGAAUAUGGUAACGUUAGCUUUUCAUUUUCCCAGUCGUGCUAGGGUAGAGGUCUCUCCUAAAAACACGGUAUUUCACCCGAGGGCGGAGCCUUACGUCUUACAUUCUGUCCGCGUUGUCAGCAGCAGCACUGGUGUAUUUGAUAUCUAGAACAGGAAAAUAGGUGUUGUGCAUGAAAUAUUUAUAAAUAAUACAACAGACGGAGAUUUUUUAUCAUACACACAUAUUUGAAUCCAAAUUAAUGACAUACUAGGUACCUGGUUUGGACAAAAACUUUGAGGUUUGUUGGUUAGCUUGGGUAGUCUGUAACUCAAUAUUUAGGCGGCUGGUAACAGCGAAAGCUUGAGAACCAAAAACCACGCAAGUGUGAUGAAGUAUCGCUGAUCAUUUCAUUAUGAUUGCCUAUGAAUGACAACAUUGCACAAAACCUGAAGAAUGUGAUCAAUAAUAUUAUCAACCCGAUGGGUGAUAUCAUUAGGUUAGGUUCAACAUCUGAAAAGUGUAAGCAAGCAUAGAUCAUAACCCUUGUUUAUGUUUAACCUGUUGCACUAGUAAAUGUUAACGGUACCCUGAGUAAAUCUGACUUUACCAUUCAGUCAGUUGAACAUUUCAGGCAUGGUGAUUUGAAUGUUACAUAUCCCAAAUACAUUCCAAAAUUAUAAAAAUCCAAGACACUGAAUGUUAAAAAAAAUUUUCAGCUGAACUAAUCGGGGGAUAGGCGGGUCAGGGAAGAAUUUAUUCAUUUAUGUUGAAAAUGUGUAUCUGGAUGAAUAUGCUAAUGCACUGUUCUCGUGUAGAGAACCUGAAAACUAGCUGUGCUGCAUUCCCCUUGCCUCUCUGUGUGUGACAUUAACAGUAGCUAGCAAGCGUAUGCAAGCCCCAACAAAUUAUGUAUUUUAAGGUUGCCCCUAAGGUCCGGAGAUAUUCUUUGCUGUGUCUCUGGGCCAUUGAUUUUAGAGAUGUUCCUGGGCUUUAGUUACAACCAAUGUUGCACACAUUUGUUUCCAGAAUAAACCUGUCUGUGCCCUGGACGUUUGAGGAUGGAAGGUGCUGAGGGUCAAAGUGCUGAACAGCAAGGAUCUGGUGAGGGAGCGAUGAGCACCAAGAGCUUAUAUGCCACUCUGGGGCUUGCUCCUGAAGAUGUGGAUGCUCUGGCUCAGAUUCCAGAGAACGAAAUCAAUGUGGAAACGUUGCCUUAUCUGAUAAUGCAACUGAAAGCCAAUCGAGCCAAGCAAGAAGAGCAGGGAGAGGCCUCCCCAAAGAACGAUGAGCAGCAAGAAGAUACAGAUGUUAGAGAACCCAGCGUAGAGGACAGUCCCCCUGCCGUCCGUCGCCGGUCAAACAGCCAUGGUGACACUGACUAUCAGAAAGUGGAGAUUCACAGUCGACCAGAGCGGCGAUUGGAGCCAAGGAGAGAUUCUCGUCCCACAAGGCCCCCGAGGGAAAAACUAUCUGACAGCCAAUCAAGGUUUCCUCUCUCCUGUCAAGUGAAUGAUUUUCAUGGAUUUGAGCCCAAGGUUUUCCCACAUAAAUGCUCGCUAUGCUUUUGCAUGUUGAAUUCUCCUGUGACAUGGAAGGAACAUCUCAAUGGAUUACGUCAUGCCGAGGGCUGUAGAGAACUCCUGCGUAUAUAUCCAGAUUGGGAAAGACAUGAUUCCAGGAGGAAAAUGCCCUUCUUUAUCCCAAGUGGAGAUGCUCUUUCACCUCCCAGAAGAGCACCACGUCCUGCUAUGGCUUACAAGAGACAACAUGGCUCAGACCGUCUAGGAGGUGAAGUCUGGUCUUCAUUUGAAAGGCAGAAUUUUCAGUUGAAACCGAAGGCUGGCACUAGGGUUGUGGUCACCAAAUUUCCCCUUGGUACCGUUGCGGUAGAAGACUUGAUGGCUUUGGCUAAGCCAUUUGGCACAGUUGUAAAACAUCUGGUGUUCCCUUACAAGGGAUUCUUGGAGUUUGGUUCGCACAAAGAGGCAGUCAAUAUGGUGAAUCACUAUAGGGAGAAUCCAGCCUUCAUGAAGGGGAAAAAGUUGACUCUGUUUCUGUCGCCUGUGGUGGUCAGUAUUCAUACACCAUGGUUGGGUGAAUCAUCAGAAAGGAGGUCUACCAAACAUGGUUCCAGUUCUGUGGUUUGUUUCUCCCGCUUACCUCCUGGGAAGGAAAGAGAAUCUGAGAUUCUUGAUAUUGCCAAGAUGUUUGGAGAUGUGCGCCAUUCAACAUUUUCAGGAGAUCAGGCCCUGAUUGAGAUGGUGGAUUGGGAGGAUGCUGACAUCAUGGUGAAGUACUACCACUCCAACCCCCUCAAGAUUGAUGGAAAGGGUGUCAAAGUCAGCUUCUCACUGAAGCGUCUGAGAGAAAGUCCUGACUCCACAUCCAGAAGAGUAGAAUCCAGCAAAAGGCACAGCAGCAGACACAAGAGUGAGGAGAAGAGCAAGACCUCAAGCUCCACAAACAAAGAGAAACCCACUACAGGCCAACAGCCUGAAGAAAGUCAACAAAGCACUUCAGAGGAGGGCAAGGAUGAAGUAACAGAGGACAAAAAGGAGGAGAACCAGAUGGAGGAGGAGGUUGGGACGCAGGAGGAGAUUGACACCCAAGAGGAGAAGGUUGAGAUCCAGGAGGAGGAAGUCAAGGAUGACAUUCAUUUGGAAAACAAAGAUGGAGACGAUGAGGGCAUCCAAGUGGAAGAUGAACAGAACAUGUUAGAUGAUGAGAUUGCAGCUGGUGCUGGCACUGAAGAGCAUGCUCCUUCCAAAGGUUCAUCUCUGGUGGGUGAUUCUAAAGAUAAGGGGGGACCUGAUAUCACAGAAGAGAUGGCAGAUGAUACAUUGGAGGAUUCUGACCUGAAGGCUGCCGAUGAUCCUGCUGUUUGUGAUCCUGACGUCUCAGUGGAGGACGUGAUGGAACAGAGGAGCUUUCAUGAAGAUGAUCAGGAAGAUGUGGAUGACAUAGAUUUCCCUGAGAAUAUGGAUGAUUUUGUUACAUUGGAUGAACUUGAUGACAACGCUGGAGGAGAUGAAUCACAUGAGUCUGAUUCUUCAUGGGAUGGAAAGGUUGUCCAUAUUAGCCCAAUUUUGAAGGGCUAUAGAAACGUGGAGGUGGCCCUGUUGAAUCUGGCUGAGAGGGCACAAGUGGAAGUUGUAAAUUAUUCCAUAUCCUUUUUCAAAGAGGAGGCAUGGAUAGAGCUUGAUACUACAGAGGAAGCACAUGCAAUGGUGAACUUCUACCAAGGCAAAGGACAGUUGUUGGGGAGACGUGUCAGUGUUCGCAUGUGCUAUUCACAGAAGAAAUUGGAGGGCCCUAGUGGAAGAUCGGUCUACAUUUGUAGUCUUCCACUUAAGAAGUACUCUGACGUCUCUCUGUUGCGGCUGGCCCAGCCUUUUGGAAAAAUCACUGGCUAUCAUUUGAACUGGCGUGUUGGAAAGUGUUACAUCCAGAUGGAGAGUGUGGAAGCAGCUGAGAAAAUGGUGAAGAAGUUCUUACAACGUCGUCCCAAGUUUUACGGAACCCUGCUGAGGGUCAGUUUGUGCAAAAAGGGAGACACGCUGAUACCCUGGAAACCUCCAACUAAAUAUGAGCUGUGGUUGGAGAGUCAGAACAGCAGAAAAUCACGAGACCAGUAUGACGAUGAGGAGACUAACGGCCAGUCAGCCAGUGUCCAAUCUAAACGGGAUGUCCAGAGCCCGGUGUCUGACCGUGAGGGUGUCUGUGGUGACCCUGAGGAGAAGGCCAGUGAUGUGGAAGCUGUGCCAGAGGAAAAGAAGCAGCAGGAACCUCUGGGUCCUUAUCAACCUGACAACCCCGUUGGUUUGGACUACCUGGUGCCAAGGACUGGAUUUUUCUGUAAGCUCUGCAACAUCUUCUACACAAAUGAGAAAACGGCCAAAUCUGUUCACUGUAGCAGUGAGGAACAUUAUCUGAACCUUAAGAGGGAGAUGGAGGAGAAUGAACAGCCCUCAGCUGAUUAAGAGGGAUGUCAUCCACCUGUUUUAUCAAAGAAAAAUUGGCUGUUUUUAUUAUUAAUGUCUAGUUGUUUGCUGUUUAACAUUCCAAUAUUUUCUGUUGAUCUAGAAAACAUGAUCCAUUCACAAUAAAUUAAGGCAGUCAAGAAUUACACAUAGUCCCAUUCUGUGGUUAUAAAUAGUACCUGGAUUUAGUUGCCUCUUGUCGAAUAAACAAAAACAUUUGAUUUGUG